ACCCCGCACCCCGCACGCGCCAUGGAGCCAGGCCCGGACACUAAAGGGGGCGGCCCCUCUGCCGGCCCCGCGGACCCCCCGAGCCCGGAGCGCCCCGCGGACCCCCCGAGCCCCGAGCGCCCCGCGCUCCCGCGCCUGCCGCGCCGCCCGCAGCUGCUGGAGGAAGACGGAAGCCCGGCCGGCGACGACGGGGCGGCCGAGGGGAGCGAGCCGGCGGUGGGCGCUGCGGCCGCCGGAGAGGCCAGCCCCGGGCCCAAGGCGGCGGCCGGCGGGGCGCCGCACGUCGGCUUCGUGGGCGAGCCCCCUCCGUACGCGCCGCCCGACCCCAAGGCCGUGCACCUGCUGUACCCGCCCUUCCCGCAGGUGCCGGUGGUCUUCCAGCCCGCGCCUGCGCCCGCCGCCCUGUACCCGCCACCGCCCGCCGCGCUCUACCCGGGCGCGCCCGCCCCGCAGCCCGCAGCCGCCGGCGCCGCCUUCCCCUACCCCGUGUACCACGGCCCUGUGGCAGGCCUGGCUGCCCCCGCGGCGGUGGAUCGCAGGCCUGUGCCCAAGGACUACAUGGUGGAGUCGGUGCUGGUGACCCUCUUCUGCUGCCUGCUCACCGGGUGCAUUGCCCUCGUGUACUCCUACGAGACCCGCGCGGCCCUGGGCAGGGGCGACCUGAGCCAGGCCGAGGCGGCUUCGCGGAAGGCCCGCGCCCUCGUGCUCUUCAGCCUGCUGUUUGGGUUCUUCGUGUCCACCAGCUGGGUCAUCUACGUGGUGGUGGCUCUCUACCUGCCCUGAGCCCGGCCACGCCUCCAUCCCUGACACCUGUGGAGGGGACCCAGGGGCCAGGAGAGGGUGGCUUUGCCGUGGCUUUGGGCAGUGGCCUCUGAGCUCAGCCCUGCUGCGGGACCGGGGCACCCACCCGAGCCAGGUGUCCUCGGUGCCUCCCCCGAGGCGGCCCUGGGACCCUGGCCUUCACCCUCCCCCGGGCACUGUUCUGAGGGACCGUCCGACUGCCGACCCCACCUCCAGCCGGGCUGGCGCGAUUUUCCAGGAGCGUCCACCCCCGUCGGCUCACGCGUCCUGAGUCGUGUGCUGUGCAGUGGGGGUGGUUUGGGAUGUGUUUCUCGGACGCCCAUCGCGUGGAGCCUUUGGCCCGGGGCCCAUCCGCUCCUGGUCUCCCCCUCAGGACGCCCGCGACCGCGUCAGGAGCCCCAAGGACUCCCUGUGCGGGCUGCGACGCCCUCUCCCCUUGGCAGGUGCCUUUGUGAGCCUGAUGUGUGAGCAAGGGCACAUCAGCUGGGUGUUCCCUGCACGGCUAGCGCCCUCUCUCCAUGGCUGACCGGACUCGGCCCUGCUCCUGGCUCACUGCCAGGAGCACAGGUGCACCUGCCACCUGCCCGGAGCGGAUUCCAUGGCUCACUUUGACCUGAGCCCCCGCCCCCACUCCCUUGUGAACCUUGGGGGCAGUCUUAACCUUGGGUGGAUCAAGCCCACCACCGUCUGUGAGGGUCCUGGCCAUUUAAAGUCCUUUGGCUCUCUGCUACGUUUUAGAAUCCAUUGUCAGCUUUCACACAUGCUAAAAAAAGGCUGGGAUUUUUGGCUGGCGUGGUUUUACAUCUGUGGACUAAUUUGUGGACCAUUACAAUAAACACAGUGAAUUCUCUUAUUUA